AUGGUUUCCUCCACCGUUUUCAGUCUCGCCGCCCUCGUGGCUCUCGUACAGGGCCACGGCCUUGUCGAGGCCCCCGCCGCCCGUGCUCCGGGUGAGACCACCGCCACCAUCUGCGGCAAGAACAUGGUGGACUUCUACAAGGCCGACGGCACGUCCUAUCCCGAGGCCCUCAUGCGCAACGCCAACUGGCAACAGGGUGUCACCGAGGACUGCGACCUGUUCCUCUGCAAGGGUUACCAGUUCGAGGACAACCUCGACAACGUCCACGAGUACAGCACCGGCGACGUCGUCGACUUCAAGGUCCAGAUCCGCAUCCCCCACGUAGGCUACGCCAACGUCAGUGUCGUCGACACUGCCUCCAAUGCCGUCAUCGGCGAGGCCCUCAAGGUCUGGGAGAGCGGCUACGCCGACGGUGCCAAGUUCCCCAACCUGCCCGCCGACGAGACGAGCUUCAGCGUCACCAUCCCCGAGCUUGAGGGCAAGUGUGCUGAGCCCGGUGCUUGCGUUCUUCAAUGGUACUGGUUCGGCCAAGGCCAGACUUACGAGUCUUGCGUCGACUUCACCGUUGCUGGUGCCGAGGAGUAA